UGCUGCGGUCACACCAACAGCUACGUCACUGCUGUUAUCGUUGUAAUCAACAAAAAAAAAGGAAAAUAAACCAAACUAUAAGCGCCGCAGACUGAUCAAAAGCUCUCGCUUGGUUUGUAAUCAGCGCCCGACACUGCCAACAACAAAUGCCACCACUGUGACCUCGGGCGGGAGCAGGAGCAGCGCUGCCAUCGAAAACAAAGGCCAAAACAAAGGCCCCCAGCCAAAAAAAAGCAGAAAGUCAUUGGCAGGCAAUUAACCCGAAAACGGAGGGGCUGUUCUCGUCUCCUGGUGUCCACCCCCUCCUCCUCCUCCCACCGGGCAGUAGAUGCUGGUCGGCCUCAGCGACCAGCUAGCGAGGAUCAUGGAGAGCGUCUUCGAGGCGUACUUGGGCCCGGAGGGCGUCCUCGCCAGCGCAGUUGGCCAGGCGGUGGGCAGCGGCGAACCGGAGGAUAUUCCCCGCAGGAACACCAAUGUCUGGGUUCUGGGAAGGCGAUACAAUGCCAUUCAGGAGCUCGAGCUUAUCCGACGCGACAUUCAGUCCCGGCUGUGGUGCACCUACCGCCAUGGUUUUUCGCCAUUGGGAGAGGUCCAGCUCACCUCGGACAAGGGAUGGGGCUGCAUGCUCCGCUGUGGUCAGAUGGUCCUCGCCCAGGCGCUGAUUGACCUACAUUUGGGUCGCGACUGGUUCUGGACGUCAGAGUGCCGGGAUGCCACUUACCUCGAGAUUGUAAAACGAUUUGAAGACGUGAGGAAUAGCUUCUACUCCAUUCACCAGAUCGCCCUGACGGGAGAGUCCCAAAAUAAGGCUGUGGGCGAGUGGCUAGGACCGAAUACAGUAGCCCAGAUUCUCAAGAAACUAGUGCGUUUUGAUGACUGGAGCUCCCUGGCAGUUCACGUGGCCAUGGAUAGCACAGUAGUCCUGGAUGACGUGUACUCAUCCUGCCGCGAGGGUGACAACUGGAAGCCACUGCUGCUCAUCAUUCCCCUGCGCCUAGGCAUCACAGACAUUAACCCGCUUUAUGUGCCAGCCUUGAAGCGUUGCCUUGAAUUAGAUAGCAGCUGUGGCAUGAUCGGCGGCCGGCCCAACCAGGCUCUGUACUUCCUGGGCUACGUGGACGACGAGGUCCUGUACUUGGAUCCGCACACCACGCAAAGAACGGGUGUGGUGGGCCAGAAAACAGCUGCAGGAGAACAAGAAUACGACGAGACCUACCAUCAGAAGCACGCUGCUCGUUUGAGCUUCUCCGCCAUGGAUCCCUCGCUGGCGGUUUGUUUCCUUUGCAAAACCAGUGACAGUUUCGAGGCCCUGCUCACAAAGUUCAGGGAGGAGGUACUCAGCCUUUGCUCGCCGGCUCUCUUCGAGAUUAGCCAAGCGCGCGCCGUCGAUUGGGACACAACGGAGGACAUCGAUUGGCCCACCAUGCCGGAUAUCGAUUGGCCCGCGGGCACCUCGGACUCCGAUUCGUUUGCCAUAGUUGAAGAGAGCGGUAGAGACGGCGACGCCGGCUGCAGCGGCGCCAGUGGGAGCGCCUUCAUCUGAGAGGGCCGCUGGUGGAGCGCCUGCGCCGCAACAGAACCGAUGAAGCCCAACCAGGCGAAAGUGGAGCAGCCGAGGUGGACGAGGAAGAGGAGCAAAACCGAGAGGGAGCAGGAGGUCAAGCCCCCACUGCGGAUGCUGCGAAUGCAAUAAACUAAGGCUACAGUGCAUAAUUAGACGAGUGGUUGAGAUUUAGUUUUUAGUAUGUUUACGAUUUGUACGAAUGCGAUUCUUAGCGAUUCAUAAUGCUGCUUUAUUGUACGCGAUUGACUCCACGGGAGACAAUUAUUUAAAAACACACGUAGAGUGACACUUACUGACAGACACACUCGCUUUUUGAUGAUCAAUUAAACAUUUUUAUGCAACGUUGUACAUUGAAGACUCGAUGAGAUCGAUCGCCUUAGCCCAGUAUGUAUUUGUAUGUUUGUAUUCAUAAUAUUCAUAUUCGUUUCGUAUAUUCGUCUGUAUAUGCUCAAAAAUGGACCAACAACUAAAUACAUAAUACUUGGACUAUA